AUGCGCGGCGUGGCUCUUCCCGCGUGGCUCAAGCGGCGCGUGACCUUCUACCGGCUGCACAUGCUGUGCUUCGUUAUAGUCAUCCUCGCUUUUACGCUCGUCUUCUGCGUGGCGCCGAGCGGGCCAGCAGGGAAAAUCAGCUUCAUAGACGCUCUCUUCAAUGUGACGUCGUGUGUGUGCCUGGCGGGACUCAUCACCGUGGAUGUGGGGGUUUUCACUGAUGGCACCAACGUUGCUCGCCUUCUCCUCAUGUUCAUGGGCUCCCAGGUGGUGACGUCCCUGGUGCCAGUCUUGGUGCGCCGUUACUACUUCCACCGCCAUCUCGCCUGCGCUGGCCUGCUCCAGACCCACCCCUCCGACUUACCCUCCAGCUACGACCCCAGGGCCUCUGACACUGCAGCCUCCGCCUCUCAGGCAGCGCCGCAUGGUGCAGGGGGCGGAGGAGGAGGAGGAGGAGAAGGAGGAGAUGGAGGAGGAGAAAACAUAUCAGGGAACAACGGAGCCUGGUCUGUAGGUGCUGGUGAGGGCGAAGGGCGUGGCGCCAGACGGGGGACGGAUGUGGAGGAGGGAUGGGUGACACGCGGUGGGUUGCGCCGGCGGGGUGGAGGCAGAGGGGUGGAGGCAGAGGGGGCUGUGGGGAUGAGCUCGAUGACUUGGGCCGGGGAAACGGCUAGGAUUGAAGGGCAGCGCCUCCAAUUGGCGCUUGAGGCGCUUAGAGCACAGCAGCAGCAGCAGCCGCAGGAGGAGGAGCAGGAGGCGGCAGCUACAAGGCGCUCCUCCCUUGACCUGUUCACCUCAAGGCUAACUCGUGCUGCAUCUCUCAACCAAUCCGCGUUAAGAGCACACUCCCUACCACACGCCCCCGCAUUCUUGCCAUUCCUGGGGGGUCUGGAGCACAGGGCAAGGCAGAGGAGGAGCGGGAGGUUGAGCCGUGAAAGCAGUGUGACCGGCACAAGCCUUGGGGGGGAUCUGGAUUUCGCUGAUGCUGAUGGUUACGGGUUUGCUGAUGGUUACGCGGAUGCAAUGGUGGAUGAAUGGCUGACGGCAGCACAGCCAAGUGAACUCAGAUUCCUCGAGCUCAGGGCCCUGGAGACAUUAAGCUGGCUGGUACCCACAUUCCUCGCCACAUCGCUGCUCACCGCCUUCCUGCUGCUGCUGCUCAUCGUUAGCAUCUCUGCCUCCGCCAAGGCAAAUCUGCAGGCCAACAGCGUCAACAGCGUCUUCUUCUGUGCCUUCCAUGCUAUGUCGACGUUUUCCAACACAGGGGCGGCACUGCUGAACGAUAACCUAAUGGGGUUCGUGAGGGCCCCAGCUCUGGUCAUCGUCACGUCGGUCUUCAUUCUCAUUGGCAAUACCAUGUACCCGCCCACGCUGCGAGCCCUCCUGCUUCUGCUCCGGCACUUCUCACGAGGAGAGAAAAGGUUCGUCUACUCCUACCUUCUCGUGCACCCGCGCAAGUGCUACACGCACCUCUUCCCACCGCGCUCCACCGUGAUGCUCGUGCUAACAGUGCUCGUGUUCAAUCUCACGGAGUUUGUCUUCUUCUGUGCCACUGACUGGACCUCACCUGCCAUUGACGGCUUCACCAGCGGGACCAAGGUACUGGCAGGAUAUUUCCAAUCUGUGAGCACACGCAACGCGGGAUUCAACGUAAUUGCCAUCGGCCUCCUGCGCCCCCCCAUGCUGCUGCUAUACCUGGGCAUGAUGUACGUGGCUGUGUAUCCUCUGUACCUGACGAGGCAGACAUCGAGGGAGCAGAGGGAGGUGUAUGACGAUGAGGAUAUCGGGGUGUUCUGGGAAGACCUGCAGGGGGGAGUGCUGGAUCACGGGGUGUUCACCCAGGGCAGAGGGCUGCUUCUGCGGGAUUCGGCGUUGCUCUUCAUAGCACUGCUGGUCAUAUGCCUUAUAGAGAGCGCCAACAUCACCAGCGACAUCGCCAACUUCAACAUUUUCAACAUUGCCUUUGAGCUCAUCAGUGGAUAUGGCAACGUGGGCCUUUCCUUGGGCUACACCUGUCCGCCUGAAGCUGGUCCUGACUGUGUCACUCCUCCGUAUAGCUUCUCUGAACUUUCCCAGAAUGGCUCCUCUGCUGCAACCUCGGAUCUGCCAGGUUGCAAGGUUAAGAAGGGCCCUGUCUGUCCUUGGUCCAAGCUGGUUCUCGUGCUGGUGAUGCUGCUGGGCCGGCACAGAGGUCUGCCUGACAACAUCGACGCUGCCAUCUCCAUCCCCAACCGCAACCAGUUCAUUCCCGAACCUGCACUGCCUGCUGCACCGCCUGCUGCAUCUCUUGUAUCUGCUGCCCCUGCUGCCACUGCUGUAGCUGUUGCACCUGGUGCUGGUGAUGGUGCUGGUGCUGGUGCUGGUGCUGGUGAUGCUGCUGGGCCGCCACAGAGGCCUGCCUGA